AAAGCUCCCCACUGGUUCGCAAGCGAUUUGGCUGGGGCCUGCGAGACUAUGAAACCCAGCGGUUAUUUCUUCCCAAUCAAAGCGGACGGUUUAGGUUUCCAGGCACAGUGGUUUCGGUUUCCAGGGUGUACUUCAACCAUCUCAGAUUUUCGAAGCAGGACGGACCCCGAAGUGUAUACGGAGUGGCAGAGGCACGGAAAACGGUGGGGGAAGGACGAGGCUAAGGGCAGGCGAAGCCGGUGCGGUUUACAUGGCUGCUUAGCCAGUGCCUACUCGGAGGUGAGUCAGUCAUGGUGCGCGCAAGAAAAAGAGUAGUUUCCCAGAGGAGUGAAUAUCAAGCCAAAGCCCAAGAUUGAUUUAAUGCCACAUUUGUGUGUUAAUGCUUACGAGAUUUAGCUGUUGGAAGGGUUAGAUAUCCUGAUGAUAUCAAAUGUAUUUGAUUUGUAUUCCUACCAUGCACUUGAAGUUUCAGAUGUGCAGUUGGUAGAAGUACCUAACUGGGGAAACAAGAUAUCAAAAAAGAAACAAGAGAAUAUAACAUAAAUCUUGGAUAUGUGCAUAUGAAAGAAGACCUGAUGGACUGAGUACAACGAAUAUCUUAUUUGCUAGGAGGGCAAGGGGCUUGAAGAUGACUUGUGGGUCUCAAAAGUUGAAGUGGAAGGACCGUGGACAAGGCUAAUCCAGGGAAAUCUGAUGAGUUGAUGUCAGAUUUCAACUAUUUGAUGCCAAAAUGCAGGUGUGUGCUAGAGGACCUAAAAUUUCAUAUCAAUUGACUAGUAGACUUCAUCAAAUGUUUCCAAGGCUUAAUGUUCUCAAUGAGCUGAAGCAGAAUGGUUUCUCUGCAAAUGAGGCUGGUGUUGUUUCACUUGUUAAUGUGCUCAGGAAAUCAGGAAAACUUGAAGUAGCAAGGAUGUUAAUUGAGGAGUCCAGAAAAGUAGGGUUGAUUUCAAUGUAUAAAGUACAUCGCACAUGGAUUGGGUGUCUUCUAGGAGAGAAUAGAGUUGAUGACGCACUGCAUUACUUUGUAAAAAGGGUCUCGGAAGGUUUUCAUCCCAACUCUCAAUGCUAUGGUGCAUUGCUAAUUGGCCUUUUGAAAAAUAAUAGGCACAGAGUAGUCAGUUGUUUGCUGAAUAAUAUGAAAGAUAAUAAUAUUUUCCCAGACUCCAGGACUAUGAAUGCUAUAGUUUGUUUACUCUGCAAAGAGAAACUUAUCAAUGUUGCAAUUGAUUUGUACAGUGAAAGAUCAAAAAUAGGGUUUAUUCCUGAUAAUAUUACAUACAAUAAACUGAUAAAUGCUCUUUGUAGUUUGGGAAAAAUGGAUGAGGCCCACAAAGUUCUAGAUGAUGGGAUGGAAGCUGGUUUUUUUCCACGUAAAGGUACACUGGCAAUUCUUCUCGGUGCUCUCUGCAUGGCUGGGAAACUUGAUAAUGUUUAUAAACUUUUUGUUGCAGGAGUUGAAAGGCAAUGUGUCCCUGACUAUUGUACUUGUAGUGAAAUCAUUUCUUCCUUUAGCAAAGCUGGCAGAGUUGAUGAUGGAUAUGCAAUUCUUUGCAUGUUGGUGAAGUUAAAUGUCUUUGUCAAGAAAAGAACUUAUUUUGCAUUAAUAGAUGGCUUUUGUGUUGCCAAAAAAGGAGACAUGGUUUCCAAAUUGCUUCUCGAAAUGAGAGGCAAUGGUCACUUACCUGGUCGCUCCAUUUUGAAAAGUGUAAUUUGUGUUCUUUGUGAAACAUGUCAUGAAGAUGAGGUUCUUGAACUAUUACGUCUGCAUGUUUCUAAUUCCUCUUCAGAUAUCAAAUUGUAUAAUACAUUUAUAAAAACAAUUUGUAGGUUCCGCAGGCCUGAUAUUGCCAUGAAAAUUCUUGAAAAAAUGUGUGAAAAUAACUGCAGGCCUAAUUCCAAAACCUAUAUCAGUUUGUUACAUGGCUACUUGAAAAGUAAAUAUGUGGUUAAUGCUGUGAACUUGUUUAGGGCACUGUUGGCAGAAACUCAAAUUUCGUCAAAGCUUUACAAUGUUAUGGUCAGUGGCCUUUGCACUAUAGAGAAAGAGGAUCUGGCAGUUAUGUACUUUGAUGAAAUGAUCAAGAAGGGAUUGUAUCCCAGCGUUGGGUGCUAUGAGAAAGUUAUUUAUGCUUUGUGCAACCAAGGAAAUUUGAAUAAGGCACUGAAAUGUUUUUGGGAUAUGAAGCAGAAAGGGCACCACUGCAGCACUUUCAUUUACAAUGUGCUUGUUGGCAGUUGCUUUAAGUCACAUGAAGUUAACCAUGCUUGGUUUAUCUUUGAUAACAUGCGAAAUCAAGGUUGCCCUCCUAAUGUUUCCACUUUCAGCAUAUUGAUUUCUGGUCUGUCUGAUGCAAAUAUGCUAGAAUCUACCAUGGGAGUAUUGGAAGAAAUGAUGGAGGAAUGCUUAACUGCUGAUAUCUUUAUUUACAAUAAGCUACUUAGAGGCCUUUGCAAGGAGGGCAAGAUGGAAGUUGCUACUGAUCUAUUGAGGAGAAUGUCUCAGAAGGGUUGUCUACCAAAUGCGUCCACUUAUGAUUGCCUAAUAUUUUAUUUAGAUAGAGCUGGCAGGGUCUACGAUGCUCAGAAACUUCGGGAAGAAAUUGUGGAAAAGAAACUGCAUAUGUAUAGAUGAUGGGUCAUUUUUCAAGUAUAGGUUCUAACCGAGAUCUAAAAGUUGCAAGUGAUGCACAAUCUUCAUUUGAUAAAAUCACUUAUUUUGGUAUUCAUAUU